AUGCUCCUCUAUUCACCAACAAUUUUAUCCACUAUCUAUCUCAAAUUCAGUCGUCGACACCGACGAGCACGAGUAAUUAUUGAACGUUAUUUUCAUCGAAUGAUCGAACAAGAAUUAGCUGAAAGUGCGGAGUCAAUUGCACAACGAAAGAGAACUUCGUUGGUUGCUGCACUUGUUGCUUCGUUGCAAAAAGACGAAAAUGCAGAAGCAGCUAAAAGUGAAGAAGUUAAAAAAGGUAAACUUGUUCUUGAAAUUAUCUUCUUUCGUUAA